UAUGAUCCUCUUAAAGUGGCUUGCAGUUUUCUCUCUUACCAUUAGUACUUGUUUGCCUGGUUCGCCUGUCCUCGCUCAAUCCUCUCCUCCCAAGCAAGGAACGCAUAUAUCGGACCGGCUUUCCGUGAAGUCCUCUGUUCUUCUGGCUCCUCUCGUUUUUCCUUCUCCUCUAGCGCCAUGUUCCUUCUCGCGACGAUGUUGUUCUCUUCCUCGUCCUCUUGCUCCCCCCUCUUCUCUCUCUCGGCUCCUUCGUCCCUCCUUGCAGUUCGUUACAAACGAUCGAUUUUUCCGACCGUUGAAGUCUAGCGGUCCAAUGUGUGUGUGUUCGAGCUCAUGCGUGUGUGCUCUCGGGGGCCAGAGAACCUUGAAGAGCAGCCUCGUCAGCUAGUCUGGUGCUGUCGUUCGUCCGUUUGCUGUUAGCCUUGAUUAGAGGCAAAGAACGAUAUCGCUUUUCCUUUGCCUCUCUUGAAGUCGGGAGUGCUGGGAGAUCGAGCUCGCCACUACGACGUGCACUCAUUCCGCCUUGAGUUCUCCAAAGUGAAUUGUCGUUAUUCUUCUCCGUUUGGAUCAUCAUCAUCCCCACCACCAUCUCUGCUCCCUCUCCUCUUACUCCGAAAUCGGUCGUUCGGUAGGUCGGUCGGUUGGCUGUUGGACUCCUCCGAUUGCUACUAUGCUCUCUGGCACUGGAUCGAGGAACUCCGAGUCGAGUUUCGUUCUCGUCCAAGUGGCUUUUUUGGACUUCUGACGAGUGAGGGGGAGGAAGUGUGUAUGUGUAAGACGUGGACGCCCAAGAACAUAAGUGCUCGGAGUUCUUGGCCCAGGCAUGUAACCCUCCACACUCACCGAUCAUGUAACAAAAUCUAGUCCUACCCAACUCCUUUACUCUAGUCAAGGUGAUCCCCUCCUUGUAUCGUCCCUUCGUCAUCCUUCGUGCCAUAUGCGGUUGUUCCUACCGGCCAGCAAUUAAGCUAAUCAUCUGCGUUCAAGUGAUAUGUGCUAAUUAUAAUCAUUGAAAGAUCACCCUAUUAUCAAUCAUCCCUAUCAACAUCGACAUCGAAUUCAGUCUCAACCUCGUUAUCAAAAGAGCCUUGAAAAUUCAUCGAAUUUGUGAACCAGGAAUUAAUGACCAGGCUGACAAGUUCAGGAUCCAAUGUUUGCUUGUACGUGCGCUGAACUCACCACUAGUUGCACGAUAGAGGACAAACACUAAAAUAUUGUUUCCAAAUUGAACUCGUGCGUUAUCUCUAACCGUUAUCAAACUGAAAAGUCGUUGUUGCCAUAUCUUUGCCAACUUUGCAAUCCAAGACAGAAACCAAUCAACCGACAGAAUCAUGGCUCCCGUUUCCAAAAGAGCUCGAUCCUCAUUGAGAACAACCAGGAGUUCUCCGGUCAAGGCCAAAGUGGUAGAUGAUCCCCAAGUAACGCCAACCAAACCGAAGAGGUCACCAGCCAAACAUGCAACUAGUCCCAGUUUUAAACUGAAAAAAGAUGCGGUGGCUGCUAGUUCCGGAGAUCUUGCUCAAACCAACGGUGUAUUUCAAGAGACUCCAACGAAGCGAAGAAAGCGAUCCCGAGAGAACAAGAAAAGAGGGCCUUUGGUGGACGAAGAUUCGGCGAUUGAACCUAUCGUUUCUAGUGAUGAACCUGAUGAAAUCAAUGGCAAUGAGACCACGAAGAAAUUGAAAGAGGUAAAGCGUUUCAAUUGCCCCUUCUGUAAACAGGGAUUCUCCAGAAAGUAUGACAUGGAGAAACAUUCUCGGAAGCACACUGGAGACAAGCCAUACCAAUGUGGAAUAUGCGGCCGACGAUUCGUUCAAGUCGGUAGUCUGGCCGUCCAUAUGCGCGCUCAUACAGGGGAAAUGCCUUACAAGUGUGACACUUGCGAUAAGGGCUUUGCCGUAAAGGAGCGUUUGAGAUUGCACCAGAGAACUCACACGGGCGAGAGGCCUUACAAAUGCGAAUAUUGCGACAAGAGUUUUGCUCGUGGAGGCCAGUUAAUGGUUCAUCGACGAACCCACACCGGAGAUAAACCUUACAGUUGUACUGAUCCUGAAUGCAAUCUCAAGUUUACUUCAAGUGGCAACCUAAAGACUCAUAUGAAACUUCAUGUCGGGUCUCGAGAGUUCCAAUGCCAUCUUUGCGACAAAGCGUAUCCUCGGGCGGAUACUUUGAAGAGACAUAUUUUGUCUUUUCAUGAAAACAAGCGCUUGUACAAAUGUGAUGUUUGCAACAAGAGCUUUAAAGGCCAUAUUCGCGAUCAUAUGCGCACUCACGCGGAGGAUAAAGAAGAAAAACCCUUCGGUUGUAAUCAGUGCAAGGCCAGAUUUAAUCAACGUAGUCAGUUGACAGUCCACAUGCGAGUUCAUACCGGGGAAAGGCCAUAUUCCUGCAAGAUUUGUGCCCGUUCCUUCUCUCAUUCCACGGCACUGAAGCUACACUUGCGCAUGCACACCGGAGAGAAGCCUCAUGUAUGCAAAUUGUGCAAAAAAGCAUUCGCCCAAUUGCCUCAUUUAAAGAAGCAUAUGCUCUGCGUUCAUGACACCGAUAAGCCGUAUUAUUGUGAAAGAUGCGAGAUCUUUUUCAAGAUCAAGAAUGAAUACCAAGAUCAUGUAGAGAGGAAGCAUCCCAAUGAGAUUCCUGAAGACCUAGUUGGGAUUGCUAUGCCGCCGGAGAGCCAUCAAGGGAGCAUCAAGGACAUUCAGUUUAUUCAAAUUCCAGUUCAAACUGUGGAGCUAUCUGAUGACGGACGGCAGUUGAUGCCCAUGGAAAAAAUGAGAACGCUACUUGCCCUUCUUCUCAAGAAGAUAUCCACUCCAGGACGUUUGAAAAAGCUGGGCUUUGGAACUCGUUUGAUUGAUGAAGUCCUGAAGGAAUCCAUUACCGCUUCUGGACGGUCUCCAUGCAAAGAAGAGGGUCUUGAUAUUCGCGAGAUCCUCCAGAAUAACAUUCAAAUUCUUCUGGAUUGGACCAUCCCCGAGGAGUACAUGAACUACUUCAGAUCCGAGAGCAAGCGAACCGAUGAAAUUUUGGAGGAGCUGGCAGCUUAGGCUUAGAAUUUUUUAUUUGUACUUGUAACAAUCACGCCUCGGCGUAUUUUGUGCCAUACCUUGUUUGACAGCAAAGUUUAACCAAUCUAGUCCUGAUUUCUUACAUAAUUACGUGACGCCUAUCGUGCUUUUGAGAGCAUGUAUAUUUGUAAUCAACUCUCAACUAAUUUCUGAAACUUCGUGUGCAAUUAUUACCGUUUUUUUAUGAUCGUUCGUCAAUAUUUCGAGAAACCCGUGUUAGUCAAAAAAACGCGUGUAGUUCAUUUAAAUUGUUCAGACAUAUCCGCGACUUCAGAGAAUAAAGUGUACCCAUUUGACUCAAA